UCUAUCUAUCUGACUGUGUCUGUCUAUCUAUCUGUCUAUCUAUCUGUCUGACUGUGUUUCUGUCUGUCUAUCUGUCUGUCUGUCUAUCUAUCUGACUCUUGUCUGUCUAUCUGACUCUUGUCUGUCUAUCUAUCUGUCUUGUCUGUCUUACUGUGUGUCUGUCUGUCUAUCUGUCUGUGUAUCUAUCUAUCUGUCUGACUGUGUCUGUCUAUCUAUCUGUCUAUCUAUCUGUCUGACUGUGUUUCUGUCUGUCUAUCUGUCUGUCUCUCUAUCUAUCUGACUCUUGUCUGUCUAUCUAUCUGUCUGUCUAUCUGACUCUUGUCUGUCUAUCUAUCUGUCUGUCUGUCUGUCUGUCUGUCUAUCUAUUCGAUCGAUCGAUCGUGUUCACUUCACUGGCUCCAGUUAUCUCUCAUGAGCUGCAGAACCUUCAUAUGGAAGACACUAACGCUUUAACCAUCUCAUACUGAAUGGACCUCGUUUAUGAACCCUCAGCCAUUAUUAUUCACUGUUUAUAUGCUCUGUCGGAGUGAAAGUGUUCUAAUCUGGUGGUCUUGAUGCUUGUUGCUUCCUGUUUUUGAAGCUGCAGCUAAAAAUAAGAGUGCGUGAGAUGGAUAGACAGUUACUUUAGCGUUUCCUUUGUCUCUUUCUUUGCCUCCUUUUAUCGUUUUCGUUUGUAAAUACACCAAAAACCGCUUUAAACCCGCGAUUUAAAUCAACUCGUUCAAUGAGUCUGAACUUUGCUAAGACUCUGUUAGCUAGCAGGCUAGCACGCUAAGCUAGCUGACCACUACAUAUCCUUACACGAUGUAAACAAACAGUUUUCAGCUUUUUUAUAUAUAUGUAUGUAUAUAUAUAUAUUCUUUCUUUUUUGCUUUGAUUUGUCGGAAAACUGCCUCUGAAGAAAACAAAGCCUCAGCCUUUGUCAGGAAAUUUGCCGCAAUAUGACGUGACGUGUGUUCAAGGCUGUGACCAUAAAAAGAAUCGUGUAACAUUUCCCACGUCUCUCAGUAACGGAGAACAUGGACAGCUCGGUGACCUUGUGGCAGUUCCUACUGGAGCUUCUGUUGGACUCCAGCAAUGACCAGCUCAUCUGUUGGACUAAUGAGGAUGGAGAGUUCAAACUGCUGCAGGCAGAAGAGGUGGCCAGAUUGUGGGGUGCCCGCAAGAAUAAACCCAGCAUGAACUAUGACAAGCUCAGCCGGGCUCUGCGUUACUACUACGACAAGAACAUCAUCAAAAAAGUGAACGGCCAGAAGUUUGUGUAUCGAUUUGUGUCGUACCCUGAUAUCUUAAAGGGGGACGUCCUGGUUAGAACGGAGACUGUAGAUGGUGGCUCUGGUGGGCCUCUGUCCCACUCCGACAAACCUACAAACAUCUCCAGAGAUAAAGACAGCAAACCAGCCCCGGACCGGAUCAGCGGACUACCAGGCCAGUCUAAAGCAUCCAAUCGGAAUGACUACAUCCACUCUGGCUUGUACACAUCCUUCACUCUGAACUCUCUGCAGUCAGGAACGCAGCUCUUUAAAUCCAUCAAGAUCGAAAACCCAGGAGAAAAGCUCUCAGAGAAAAAGCCAGCCCAGGAGAUGCCCCAGCCACCCUCAGUCAUCAAAUUUGGGACCAUGAAUCUGAGCAGACCAACCAUACAGUCCACAGCAGAGAGGUCUGAACUUCCAGGUCACCCUGCUCAAGCCCAGCUGCCCACUCCAGCAGACCCCGAGAUAAAACAGACAGGUGUGCCGCAAGUAGUGUGUGCGUUUGUUGAUACUCCAUCCACAGAAAAUGCCACGAUUGACUUUCCGCUCUCAGGAAUCUCGUCUUCACUGCUCCCUCGUUCCGAAUCACCCUCUUCUUCUCCGAUGACGGAUUCACAGGAGCUGGUGAUCGACAGUGAAAUUGAAUCCAUCUCUUCUCAGCCUUCAGAUUUACAGCUGCAGGUCCAGCCCACUUCUGUUUUCAAGGACAUAGUUCCAAUUUCUGAUAUGUCACAGUCUUCACCCCACAAUCAUAGCGGGAAGUCUAAGAAACCCAAAGGCCUGGAGUUGAUGCCCGCGCUGUUGGUGACUAGCUCUGACAUGAGCCCUCUCAAUCUGUCCAGCCCCUCCCUCCCAACGGCCUCUUUGACCCCAGCAUUCCUGCAGACACCCCUGCUGCUCACCCCUAGUCCACUUCUAUCCAAUAUCCAUUUCUGGAGCACACUUAGUCCUGUUGCACCCCUCAGCCCUGCCCGAAGACAAGGCACGCACACCCUUUUUCAGUUUCCUUCUGUCCUGAGUUCCACCCAGUUCUCUGUACCGGUGCAUACUUUAGACGGCACCAACACGCCUGGCCCUAUCUCCCCCGACCCACAGAAGACAUAAAGAGGAAGAACAAUUGCCACACUUCAUCUUUGCCUCUUAUUCUUGAUUGACAAAGUCAAUCAGAUCAACCUCAUUCUGUUAACCUGAUCUGCCCCUGUUCAAGUCAAGAAGAUUUACGACCAUUGAUUGAGCGUCAAGAGUAUCCGUUUAACUCUUGAACUUUUAUGAUGUCACAGAUCCGUUUGGAUACUGUUAAUUUGUUUGUUCAACAAGCCAUUGCAUUAUGUAUUCGCAUUCUGCAGGACAAUGUAUUUAUAUUUUUUCUCUUUGUAAAUGUGCUAAUCUUCAGGGAUUGGCUUUAAGGGAAUUACAAUGGUGACUAAUGGAAGAUGGCUGUUGAUUUAAACAGCUGUUAAUAAGCUGCCAAAAUGGGGAUAGUGUAUUUUUUUAUGGCAAAACAACCAGUAAUUGGGAUGCUAAUGGAAUUUUCUUGUGUCUUGUCUCUCAUUGAGCUUUUUUGGAAUGAUUCGUUCAGACACGGAAGAAAUUAUCGAAUGACAUUUGAACCGUGUGUUUGUACGAUGAUUUCCCUGUUAUACGGUGGAUAAAGUGGGAUCAUUUUGUACAUAAUUCAGCAAGUUCAACUAGCCUCAACCCAUGUUUGCCUUUAGUUUGGGAAAGCACUCAAACCAACCUGCCUUGCCAAGCCAAACCGCCCCUUUUUGCCUUGUGAUUUUGAUAAUGGUGUUUUAUCUCGUACCUUUCCUCAUGCUGCACUAAUUGCCAUGUACUAAAAGUGUUUGUCAAUUUAACCACCUGAACAGCACUUCAAGCUGCACUAGGUCUUGUUAAGGACAUUCCCCUCUGUAAAGUAAAACCUUCAUUCAAGAGCCACAUAACCACAAUCACUGCAUCCGAAAUGAUUAUGUAAAUGCCCUCCUGUUUUAAUAUGGAAGAUCAUUUAGGCCAGAAACAUACUUUAAAGGUAUAUUCUGGGUUCAAUACAACUUUAGCUCAAUCGACAGCAUUUGUGGCAAAAUGCUGAUUACCAUUAAUAUAUUUUCAACUGGUCCCUUGUUUACUUGGAGAAAAAGAAAGCAAAAAUCAUGGGUACAGCAAGACACAUAGAAGUCAAUGGGGCCAAUCCAGAAAUGCUAAAAUACACAUCCUUUCAUAAGUAUAGCCACAAGAUGUAAACAUGCUUUUAGUAGGCGAUUUUAUCACACUAAAAUUGUUUACACAUAAUGUUUAGAUAUUGUUGCUGUACUUUUGAAACAGCAUUUAUUUCAAUGUGUAUGGACUGGCCCCAAUUCCAUUGUAAAUGCCUUUUUGUAACUGCAAUUUAUUUUAUUUUUUUAAAUAAAUGAGGGACAAGCCGAAAAUAUUUUCUGUGGUAAUCAACAAUUUGCCACAAAUGUUGUCGACUGAGCUUAACUUGUAUUAAACCUGGAAUAUUUCUUUAAGAAUUAGUUUAAAACAUUGGAAAACAGACUUCUGCAUCAUCAUAAAGUGUAAGCUUUAUGUUAACACCAACAUUUUUGGUGUUCUAACAAUGACACACAUUUUUAAGAGGGUCAUUUAGUAGGCCAAAUUGUUGCCACCAUUGCUGCAACGCUUGAUGGCAACUGUUUGAUUAAGCGUGUUUCCAAUCACACCCCCAAUGCCAUCAAACCAUACUACCGCCAUAUAUGGAGCUGCAGCGAUGCUUAUCAUGCAAAACUUUUUGUAGAAACCAUUUACCUUCUCUGAAGACUGGAACCCAUUAGGAACGAUUUCAGUUGUGUGGAAAUCAGAAGAGUUGCUUUACUCCUGUAGACUGCUGAUUCACCAUUAAGCUAAUGGAGCGUACGCAGCAUAAAAUAGAUUGGAACGGCAUCAGCUCAGUGCUUAAAGCAGUUCGGCCUCAUCCCACCAGUAGGACGGUUCAUUUGGUGGAGAUUGGCUGUAAGUGUGUCCGGAACUGUACAGCUGCCUGUAGAACCCAAGCCAAAUGCUUCAAACCAUUCCUGCACUUAUCUGCUUUUCCAAAAGACUUUGCUAAAUGUCUGUACCAAAUCUGUAUACAGCCAUUGGAUCUGAUCUCAGUGCGGUAUCGGUUUGUUCUAUCGUGGAGAGUUUCUUUUGUGCAGUGUUACAUCUCCACUGAUAAACCAAUAUAGAAUAUCAAUUCCCAAAUAUUGCACAAUAUAUAACCCUACCUCUAAGAGUAUCUCAUAAACAAACACAAGGCAUGAUCUAUAACUGACAUACAUUAGAUGCAAAACUGGAACAAAGCUAAAAUGCUGACUCUCUUUAACAAAGAAGAAACUGAGCUCCCUGUAGGACCACUUAAAGUGCAAUGAUAAUACUAGAAAGGGAAAUAAUAAUAAACAAAAAAGAAAAAGUGUUGAUAACACCAAAACAGGAAAUGCAUCUCAUAUCAGGUCUCAGGUAUUGUAAAUGAUUACCCACAGUCUUUAUAUUUUCACAAAGCGUUAUGUGCACAGAAUUCUCAAUAACGGCAAACUCCCUAUAAGUGUCAUAUUUUGAGGUGAAAUCCAGUAGAAGUGUUUACGUAAAUGGCGAAUUCACACACAUGCUAACAUGGUGCCUUCUCGUCCUGUUUUCUAUUGUGAAUAAAGUGAAAUUAGGCAACAGUGUAAGUAUUUGUUUCACUAUGCUGAAAGGCUAACUUAUUGCCCUCUGGUGCUGAAAAGAGCUACGAACUAAAACGUAACUUCAGCUAUUUGAAUAAAUGUUCAGGGCUAAAUACAACUUAAGGUCUAUCAGUAUUUUCUGCAUUGGCUCGCAGUUUAAAAAAACAAAACGUGCUAACAGCUAUGCCCUAAUAAUGGAAUUCUUGUAAGUGGAUUUCUGUCAACACUACAUUAUUUUGGGCAUGCUGUUGAUAGAGUGCAAGUUGUAUUUAAAGGCUAGUAUAUACUUUGUUUUUCCAUGUGAGGUUCUCUCUCUCGCACAGCCUUUCAAAGUAUACUCUUUUUACCGCAGGCCCAUACGGACGUGUUCAACGCAUGCAGACUACGACUGUUUUGCGAUACUCUUUUAGUACUGUCAAUGUUAGGCGAAAAGACAGACUGUCUGUGUCUAGAAAACCUGGGCUGCAUGUGGACAGUUCGCGAUUACUGUGCCGAUGACGAAAUUUGCAUUGCGUUCACUGUGCACGAGAUUCAGCGGCACGUGGAAACUCGAACAAUGCUUCGGCUUUAACCUGGAACAAUUCUAAAUCAGUUUUUUUUUUAGUACUUUUUAAUACUAUAAGAUUAGUAUUUUCAGGCUGUACUUAUGUAUCAUAUCAGGCAUAGACACCUUUACAGCAAUGUUAAAGCCACUCUCGUGAUGAAAGCGUGCAAAUACCUUUCCAACUGCAACACUCAUAUUGAAAAGAAUUUGUAGUUUAGCGAGACAUCAGAACGUUAAAUGUUUUUUAAUUUGCAUUCCUUUAGCGUCUAGAAUUGUGAGCACUGCACAUGCAAUUGUUUUCUAAUUGAGGGCAUAUCAAGUUGCUUAAUGCCUUAAACAUUUUUAAUAAUGGAUUUUGUGCAGUAUGCAAUGUUGUUUUUAACCUGUUUUUCACUCCCUUACUCACUGUGUAUCUUUGUGUUUGGGGAAAAAAAUGAGCUCAACAAGACCGUAUUUUUAAAAUCUUUUUUACGUUGUUAAAUAGUCGUUUGUUUAAAUUGUUCUUCGUAAUGGAUACAAAUGGAUGUGUUUUAUGUGUUUAGCUUACAAGCAAUGAUGUUUUGUUUUAUUCCUACUCAGUUUAAGUUUUUUUUUUCCCAACUUGAGCGUAUUUAACUAUUGUAGCCGUACCGAACAUCUGUUGUACUUGAUGUGAGUCUAAAGCACUUAAAUUUGUCUUUUUUUUUUCUUACUGGCACUUUGUAUUUUGUAGAAUCGUUGAAAAACUAAUCUCAUUUUAGCAGUGAUUUUCCUUACCCCAAACACACGCAACUUUAUUUUCUGGAUAAAACUUUAGAAAACUAUGCAUUCGAUACUUCUGCUGCACGGAGUAAGACUUAAAAAUCAUUUUAACGUUUCCAGACCAACUUUAAACUCUUUUGUGAUCGUUUUAGCUUCGGUUAAUCAGUUAGUACAGUUUUUUGUUUUCAUUAAAGAGAUUAUAGAUUCUUACACCAAAAUCAAGUCAGAAAGCCCUAUAUUUUACUGCAGUUUAAUAAAGAAGUAGAGAAAUAUAAAAUUUACAGACACUGCCCCCUAACUGAAACUUUUUUUUUUUUUUUUUUGGCCAAGUGUAGACACAAA